UCGUUGCAGGCGAUGGACGCGUGUGGAAGAAGACCAAAUAACAUUUUCCACCUGCCACUCCUCCACUGGCACUCUGGCUACAACACGUUGCGUGUACAAAAGGGGCGUGUGAGUGCACGAGUGUGUGUGACUGUGUAUUUUUGCAAAGGGAAAUGGAAAAAUUAAUAUCCCGCUUGGGGGCUCAAAAGAAUACAUGCAAAAUAUAAUACAAAAGUGAAAGAAGUGCCUUUAUAAUUUAACGAUUUUCGUGUCAGUAUUUUGCAUAAUAUUUGCUCAGGCAUCAUUAAAACUUAUGUUAAUUUAUGAUUACAGAAUACAUACACCAUUUCUAUAUAAUAUAUAAUCAAAAGUUGCAGAGAACAAUCUCUAAGAGAUGAUAAAUGUUCCAUUCAAUGUUGUUAAUUUAACUUUAAAUCGAAAAAGAGCUAUGUACCUAUUAACAAUAAUGAUAUCAAGUGUUUCUUACCAAAUAUCAAAUACCAAGAUAGGUAUAGAGGAUACGUUACAUCAAACAUCAAAUGUAUAAAAACAAUAAAAAUAAAUACCACAUAAAUCUUCCUAGUUCUAUAUAAAAUGCGCCAAAAAAUGCAGCAUCAGCUGAGCAGGAAGUUCACCUUCACCCAAUGAACAAGGGGACAUGGCGUCGUAUCACUAACACACAUCUUUACAAUAACUACAAAAAAUAUGAAAAAUCGAUACUAGAAUCUGCAGCAGCAGCCGCGCCCACUUAAACGACAACUACUCGUACAUCCCCUCGAAACUACACACAAAUCUAAAGAAGAAAUCCAAUAUCCAAAAGCAUCAAAGUGUUUGGAAACGAGCACCAGCCCCAGCGUCAGCCCCACAGGGAUACUAUCGAAGCGGGACGCCGCAGAAUGGUGGAUGCAAAACCGCCGCCCGCACCUCCAACGGGAGUGGUGCCGGGAACGCCUCCGGCUGCCUUUGCCGGGGAGCGAUCCAAAAUCAAAUUGUUCAUGGAACGCACGCCCAGCAUUGGGGCACUCAAGUCCAAGUUUCUGACAGUGCUAGGUAACAGCAAUGAGCUGCUGAAUGGAAUAUCAAAUAAGCUGACUUUGAGCUGCAGCAGCAGCGAUUCGGACUACUGUGACGAUGAUGAGGAUAUCCCAAAGUUUGACGAGACGAUUGACUAUACGAAAAUCGAUUUUGAGGGACGUCGGGUGAAGGCUCGGCGAGCCCAUGAGGAGAUCAUCUCGGGUCGCUACAGACAACCCAAUCUGGCGCCACGUCCUCGCCUGGAGCCCUCUCGGGGUCGUCAUGGGGCCCAGAAGCGAGGUGGUCCCCAGCGUUCCAACUCGGCAUCUUCCAGCAGCUCCGGGGGCAGCAGCAGCGACGAAAGCAGUUCUCUAUCGCUUCCCGAAAAUGCAGCGGCAGCGGCGGGUGCACCACGCUCCCACGAUGUGAGUAGCACCACGCGCUCUGAUUCCAUUGAGAGUCGGAACUCUGGAGGUUAUGAGAGGCCCAGGGCCAUUGCCGGAGCCCGGCGCAGUGAGAUGGAUGUGCAGAAGGACAUGCAGCGCAUUAUAGAGCUGCUGGAGGCCAAUCCGCCCCACAUCGAUGUGCAGCCGCCCACAGAAGGAGGCGGAGAAUGCGGUGGCGGUGGCUUGGUGAACCGUCAACCCUGGGGAGCCGGUAGCAACUCGAUGCGUGUGCCACCGCGCAGUCGCACUUCCAAUAGCAGCACCCUGACCAGCCUGAGGGAUGAGGUGGACCAGGUGCUAGCCAGUCCCAGCAUGGAGUCCACCGACUGGCGGCACUUCAUACGUUCCGAGUCGCAGAAUUCAGUGCCCUCGUGGGCCUCCUCCAUCAGCCUGGACUGUCGCGCCGGGGAGGAGCCCGUCAAGGAGUUUAUGAGGCUCUUCACCGAGCUGCUCUUCUACAAUUCUACAUGCGUCAACCUGGAGCUGAAGUCGGAGUUUGGGGUCCUUCUCCGCCUGGAGAUUGGUCGUCUCUGGUUCACGCGCUUCCUCACUGAGCAGCGCAACAAAACGAAGCGCCUCGAAUCGGUCACCUUCCACGGCCUGCCCCAGUACUUUGCCUUGGCCCUCUUCGAGUGUAUGGAAUGCGAGGACUAUGGCCCGGCAUCGGUGCUUAUGAACCUCUGUUUUCUCUUCUACCACGAAGUUGAAGUUCCUGGCUGCGAUCCAUAUCGGGAGUACCUGUUCCUGUCCCUGCGCCAGCAGCCCAUCUGGCAACAGCUACCCUUCUGGGACACCGUGUUUUGGGAUGCCAUGCAGGCGGAGCGGGAGCAGCGCUUCGCCAACCUGUUGCGGCGCCAGCAGCGACGUCAUCAAAAGAAGCAGCAGCGCCUCUCCAUCCCAGCAGCAGAGGCACCGGCAACUGUAACGGGGACCACUGCUGCGGAAACAGCAGAUAAAUCCGUGCGCAAACAUGGACCCGAUUCCUCAUCCAGCUCCUCUCAUCAGGCCGCACACUCGGCGAAUCGAAAGCAAAGCAAAUUGAGUCCCGGACAGACACUGUCGGGUAAAGAACAGGAGGACACUGUAUUCCGGCAUCUGGGUGCCCUGACCUGUAACAUGCAUUCUCUGGGCACAUCCAAGGAAUUGUGCAUGGACUUCCUCAAGAGACAUACUCUGGGGCACGAACUGUCGAAGGAUAAAGCAAAGCUCAUUCGAGACAAUGUCCAUCGCAUGUACCAUGAGACGGAACUUUGGGGUGCACGAUAAGCCAAGCUCUAACUUUUCCUCAAGUACCUAAUGAAAGCGUUUCAAACUUCGUCUUCUCCAAGCUAAACCUUUUUCCGUCUUAGGACAAAUCCUAAACUAAUCCAACCUAACUUAAAACUAGCAAAAAAGAAUUCAAGUUUUUGUUUGUCGUAUUUUGAUGCAUUCUCUUGGUGUUCUGCAACUAAUUUUGACUUGCAAUUUUAUCUCUUUUCUUUUGAAUUCGAAAUAAAACAUAAUAUCGCUAGAAUAUAGACAUAUCGAGAGGUAAAAGCAUAUUCCUUAUUUCGAAACAAAAGGGUUCCGUUCCGAAUAGGUUUUAAAUUUUAGCCAGUUGCAGGAAUGCCAUCAAUGAAAUGAAUACAAUACUAAUAUAUACAUGUAUAUCCAUAAAUUGUGAUAAUAAUAUUUUGUGAUUACUUUAUCUAGAUAUAAAUAUAAAUCUAUGAAUGUACCAGAUACUAAGCAAUGCAAAAAUACCUUAACUAUCCAGUAUCGCAACAACCACAAAAGCAUUCCAUUGUUAUAUGUAAAUCAAGAUCCAAUAAUUAUGCAAUAUUCUGUCUCUAGUGUAAGAAAGAAUAUUUCGUAAAUGUUAUUAAAUUCGUACUAAUAAAAAGUUAAAUUACAAUUAACAUUUUAAUCUCGCGCCAAGAAAUACAGACAGGGGCGCCAUAGUGACUUGUAGGACAUGUAGUUAUUAUGUAAAACAUAUGUAAUUGUACACAUGUGCUGUUAAUCACAAAUAUAGUCACACUUAACAUUGCAAUAACAUU